AAACCUGAACACGUGUCGGACCGGGGAAAAAAUCGACAGUUCCACAGUUCCGGCUAAAACAGACAGACAGACAGAUACAGUGUGCGCCAUCCCCCGUGUGUCCCUUUUCAAGGGGGGGAUAAUAACUUUACCACCUCCCCUCACCGUUGCUACCCACCCAUUCUUUCUCUCUACGACAAACGACGAAUGGAGCCUGGAAUGGGUAACCGUGGGGUGGCAUAAUCGCGUAGUGUCAGAUGAUGGUUUGGGUACACUUUUUCGUUGCCCUUUCAUUCGUGGAGAAUCGCUUCUUGGAGAUGUACUUGCGUGUCGGUGCGGACGUGGAACACGCUUUCCGCCAAAAGUGAAGUCAGCCGAAAACUUUUGGUUGGUUGUUGAGGGUUUGGAAGUAAUUUGGAAGAUGCCGUUUUGCGUUUGAAAAGGGAGUUUUCGAUUCGUUUUGUGGUUGCGACGCGGUGUCAGAAGAAAAUUAUCAUAUCACAACAGGAUUAGUGAGGCUUAGUGAAGAGUGCCUAGUGGUUAGUGGUUUUACAAAGUAAUGAGAUUCGGAUGAGUUCGGGCGAAGACGGUAUCUCUAAUGGAAAAGAUUCAUAUUUCACGCACGGCUAGUUUCCAUCCCGAAGACGAAAAAAAAGGUUCUCCGAUUGAAGCGGGAUUUCUUCUUUUCUAUUCUCUCUGUGUGUGGGUUUGAGGACAAAGUGAUUUUUGUUUUCGAACGUUCCCAAACAGGUCUCUUGUUUAUAACCCCACUUGGUCCCCGAUGGGCAAGUAAAAAAAACGAGGUCGUAAGUCCGACAGCGCGGCGAUUCCGGAGAAAUUUAUGGUUCCGUAAACGUUGGAAACGAUGUUUAUUGAAAAUUGAGAGCCAUCCCUCGACGGUUUUGCCUACGUCCCGGAACCGAAGCGGACUGACUACAGACGUUUGAAAAAUAAACCGAGUCAUUCGGUCGUAAAAAAAAACAAACGUCCCGGAAAAUGGAAGCUUCCAUUCCGAAUACGGUCCAACCGAACUGAUGUGAAGGAUUCCUAUCGGGCGAAACGGAAUAAGUGAAGUGCGUACAUCUGCAUCCAUCCGACGAUGCUGGCAAAGUGAUUAUUAGUGAGGGUCACCUUCGAAUCUCCGAAUGUUUUCACUCGUGGGCUGAGAACUUGUUAGAUUCAGUAGUAUCAGGCAUUCGGGAGCGUGUGAAAUCGAUCAGCUGAAAAAAUAAAGGUGCUUCCGUGAAAUCGGUGUAAACAUUCGGGAGUCAAUCCGUGCGUAAACGAAGCGAUCUUUUUGAUCCCGACGUGGGUAGCAAAACCUUUCGAUAAAUUGAAGGACCAAAACAAAAAAACGCGUGUUGCUCAUUCAGGAUACGGUCCCAGAACACAUAUCAACAACGUCGUCAUCAUCAUCAUCAUCAACAUCAUCGGUGCCAGGAGCAGAACCAUCAACAGCAUGGAAACGCUGUACACCGGCCACAUCCAUGGAUUCCCGCCGGGUGCCAACGUAUCGUACGGAACGCUGAGCACGACUUGGGGCUCCCAGGGCGGACUGAUAGCGCUUGGAGUUGUGCUGGGAAGCUCCGUCAGUUUGGUGGGGCUGGCGUUCGCUUUUAUCACGUACAGCUUAUUUUCCGACCUGAAAUCCCUGGCAGGCACGGUGCUGCUAAGUCUGCUGGCGUCCCUCUUCAUGAGCCAGCUACUGUUCGUGAUCGGUGUCGGAGGCGUUCAGGACACCGAACUUUGCCUGUCGCUUUCGUUGGCGCUACUCUUCAUGAAGCUGGCCUCGAUGUGCUGGCUGUGCUGCUGCUGUCAUCACGCACUCGUUCUGUUCCGGUCCAACACUAAUCUGAACCCAAAUCCGGAACCGAGCAUGGGUCGAGCGUUAGCACAUUACAGUCUACUAUCCUGGGGCUUUCCCCUGCUGAUGCUGGCCGUGGCAGCCGCCUUCAAGUACAAGGAACGAGACGUGCAGGUGUCCGGCGCCCAGGUGAUCGCCCAGAUUGUGCACGACCUCAACGGAGACAGUCACUGUUGGCUCAUGGAGGGUUCGGCCUACGUUUGGGGCUUUCUGGUGCCGGCCAUUGUGCUGCUCUUCGCUGGCUUCUACCUGUCCUGUCAGGGUGGUGGGGCCGUCAAAAUUGCUGCCGCCCUCCAGGUGGACUCUCGGACCAAGAAUAAGCUGGUGAAGAAACGUGGACUUCAGAUCGGACUGUUCUUUAAGAUCCUGAUCGUCCUGUCAACGGUGGUAUUCCUGGGAGCGAUUGCAUCGGUUUGGAAUGUGGUUGAGCUCUGGUCCGUGUACAGCAUCGCACAAGGCACCCAGGGGCUGGUGAUAGCGAUGCUGGUGUCCUGCAAUUGCAAAGUGCUAAAACUGUACUCGGCCCCGCACAGUCAGAAGUCACGUCGUGGCACCUACCGCAGUCUGAAGGACGGCGAGGGUGGCCGGUAUGGUGUUCUGUCCGUUACCAAUCCGAACUACGAAGAUACUCCACCGAUGACGAUGCGAGUGCAGUCGGUGCCACAGCCAGCGCCCCCCGUGAACCCAUUCAUCGAACCAUCGGCCGAGGACAGUCCAUCGCCGGCCCACAGCUACGUGAAAAUGGCCUACCGGGAGGGGAACUUUGUCGAGCGAAACGAUUGCGUUGUCCCGUCGGCUCUGGACUGUGCCUUCAGCGGGGAACUUUCGACCUCGCUGGCAAUCGAGGAAAUCCCGCGCAGUCCGCUGCCGACUUCGGUGUGAAACCGCAACUGGAUGCCGGGGUGUGAGCGCUAAGUGCGGGUGUUGGAGACAAUAAAAUUAUCAAGGAGAACGGCUCAGCAGGAAUUGGCCCGUGACGGUGAUAAAUACCUAUACAUAAUCGGAAAAAUACACACACACACACACACACACACAUAUAUCAAUAUUUUAGACAACUUAGGCCAUAUCAGAGGACUUGCACUGUUCAAUGCAGCGAAUAUCAGCGUUAUUGUUUAGUGGUUAGUAUUGUAUAUGGAGUUUUAAGCAAAUGCAAAUACAUAUUUUAAAGGCUUUGUGCUUAUAGUCCAUUGUUUAGAGAACGAACGAGCAGCAAAACGAUGGUAUUAUAUUUAGUAGAUUGUGCUUCAAUGCCAGGCAUGAGAGCGCACAAAAUUCUAAACUAAACUGAAUCAAAAAAGCGAUAGAUAUGAGUACAACUGUAAAAGUGAAGCACGUUUAACAAUCCAAUCAAAAAAGACACAUCGUGUAUGACUAAUCAACAGACAUGUCGGAAAUAAACUCAAUGAGCAUGAGCAUCCAAA